AUGAAUCGAGGUAAACUGUGGAGGGAGUAUAAGGCUCCCAAUGGACGUAAAUAUUAUUAUAACGUCAAGACUAAAGAGACUACAUGGACUAAACCCGUUGAGGAGGAAAAACCAGAACCCGGUGAUAAUAAAGAGGUGAAAUUUGCAUUUGAAUUGUUUGAUGGAUGGUAUUUGUUGAUUCGGGGUGAUGGAGGUAAAUUGUUUUAUGAUUCCGUUAAUGAAAAGAGUUAUUUGGAGACGAGGACGAAGAAGAUGGGAGAGAAUAAUGAGAAAAUAAUUGAAUUGAUGGAUAAAGAAAAGAUAAUCCUGCUUAUUGGGAUGACGAGAGGGUUCCGAGAUGAUCGGUAUCAUAUUAAGGGCGUAUAUGAUGAUAUUGCCCAGGAUAUAAAUUUUUUAAAGCAAGAGAUUUUGAAUGAUGCGAUGGAACUAGAGCGAUUGAAUGCGGAAGCGGAAGAGGAAGAAUCGGAGAAAGAAGAAGCACUACCACAAGAAGAACAGGAUGAUCACACCGUUGAGUUACUGAAUAAUCUGGAAGAAGAAGAAGAAGAACAAGAUGUCAAAGACCGAUUAUUCCAUCUGUUUGAAUCAUUCAAUCUAGACGUAUACUCCACCUGGUCAUUGCAAAGCCGCAAGAUAUCUAAUCAGGCUGACUACUUUCUUGUCCAUGACGACACUCAGCGGGAAGAGAUGUUUGAAGAUUGGUGUGCGAUGAAAGUGGCGCAAUUGCCAGAAGACGAGUCAGAAGCAGAGGACGAUGACUACGAGCCGACCAAGUACCACUAUCUAUCGGAGAUAAUGUACCAACUACGCGAUGAGAUCAACGCAGACACCGUGGCGGACGACAUCCUCAGGGGACAUCGCCCACUGUUCAAACAGUACCACAUCAAGCAGUUCAUACCGGACAGGCGAGAGUUGCGUGCCGUGGUGUCCCGGCUGCUGUUCUACUACAAACGCUUCACCGCACGGGAGAGAAGGGCCGUGUUCCACGACUACGUAUCGCAACGGUAUGGACUGUUGCCAGGCGAGGACGUUGACAACGACGAUGCGGGCAGCUUAAGCGGUGAGCAGAUGGAGACGCGCAUUCUGCAGUGGGAAAGGGACAGACAGACAGAGGGAAACUCAAGCUGGGAUCCGACAGCGUUGGAGUAUUACGUCGUUGGCCUCAGAGAGAAAUAUAUCGGACUGCGCCUGAAACCACCAGCAACGGCAGCGGAAUUACAACUCCGGACGGACUCCCACUAG